AUGAACCAAGAUUCUGCUCAGAAUAGUAGCCUGUCUGUCAAAGAAUCUCUCGCAUUAAUUGCUUUAGGAACGGUCAGUCCUAUCUAUGCGAUUGAUAACAAUGUUGUCCUGAAACACCGCCCCAAAACUUCGGACGAUUUCGCUUGUCAAGCCUACGACAUCGAGGUCGGCGCGUACCAACGGCUCGGAGACCAUCCUCGAGUUGCGAAGCUACAGCGAGUUACGGAUGAUGGCUUAGUCAUAGAACGAGGCGAAUGUCUGCGCCGGGAGAUUCAAAGCCAGGGGCCGACGACGAAGAUACAGACAAAGCUCCGCUGGGCCCGAGAGGCCGCAGAGGGUUAG